AUGGUAGCAACAGUAACAGUAGCAACAGUAACGACAGCAACAGUGACAGGAACAACAGUAACGGUAGCAACAGUAACGGUAGCAACUGUAACGGUAGCAACAGUAACGGUAGCAACUGUAACGGUAGCAAGCAAUUACAACGGUAGCAACAGUAACGGUAGCAACUGUAACGGUAGCAACAGUAACAGUAGCAACAGUAACGGCAGCAACAAUGACAGGAACAACAGUAACGGUAGCAACAGUAACGGUAGCAACUGUAACGGUAGCAACUGUAAUGGUAGCAACAGUAACGGCAGCAACAGCAACGGUAGCAACUGUAACGAGAGCAACAGUAACGGGAGCAACAGUAAUGGUAGCAACAGUAACGGGAGCAACAGUAAUGGUAGCAACAGUAACGGGAGCAACAGUAACGGUAGCAACAGAAACAUGAGCAACAGUAAUGAUAGCAACAGUGACAGGCGCAACAGUAACGGUAGCAACAGUAACGGUAGCAGCUGUAACGAUAGCAACAGUAACAGGAGCAACAGUAACAGGAGCAACCGUAACGGUAGUAACAGUAACGGAAGCAACAGUAACGGUAGCAACAGUAACAGAUCAACAGUAACGGUAUCAACAGUUAAGGUAGCAACAUUAACGGUAGUCAACAGUAAAGGUAGCAACAAUAACGGUAGCAACAGUAACAGGAGCAACAGUAACGGAAGAAACAGUAACGGUAGCAACUGUAACAAAAGUAACGGUAGCAACAGAAACAGGAGCAACAGAAACAGGAGCAACAGAAACAGGAGCAACAGUAACAGGAGCAAUAGUAACACCAAAGACAACAGUAGUAAACAAGACGCCAUCUUAUAA